AGCCUGCACCCUCCUCUUAUCUGGUGAUGCUCAGGCCAGCAAGGCAUUGGCUGCUCUGCUCACGGCUGAGAGGCAGAGCUGCUGAUUCGCUCUGGAAAGGCUGUGGCUGUCCCCAUUGGCCCCAGGAAGUCCUUGGCAGCUCCCACCUCUGUGUAUGUGACUCUGGGCUGUGACCUCCACCGUUGCCCCAGCUAAGCAGUGAGGACUUGCUGAAGCCCAGAGGGCUGUGGGACCAUGAACGCAGCUCUCUGGACCCUGGGACUCGGGCCCCUUCUUCUCAAUCUCUGGGCAGUCCCCACUGGUGGACCAGGUGCUCUGAGGCUGGCGUACAGACACAGCACGUGCGACGGAGUGGUGCUGGUCCGACACCACGGGACGUGGGGAUACGUGUGCAACCAGGAGUGGACGCUGGCAGAGGCCUCUGUGGUGUGCAGGCAGCUGGGCUGCGGUCCUGCCGUGGGCGCCCCCAAGUAUGUCCCGCUGCCUGGAGAGAUGGCCCAGCCCUGGCUCCACAACGUGUCCUGCCGGGGCAACGAGUCCUCCCUCUGGGAGUGCAGCCUUGGCUCAUGGAGCCAGAGCCCGUGCCCCCACACAUGGGUGGUGGUCGCGCUGUGCUCCAACGGCACGUUCCGGGAGCUGCGGCUGGUGCAGGGCCGCAGUCCCUGCGCGGGGCUCCCCGAGAUCAGAAACGUGAAUGGGGUGGACCGCCUCUGUGGCCUGCACGUGGAGGAGGCGAUGGUGUUCUGCCGGGAGCUGGGGUGCGGCCCUGUGCUCCAGGCCCCCCGCCGGGACGUGGGCGUCGUCAGGAAGUACCUGGCCUGCAGGGGCACUGAGCCCACCAUCCGCAGCUGCAGACUGGACAACAACUUCCGCGGCGGCUGCGACCUGCGGCUGGAUGCAGAGGUGGUCUGCUCAGGUGAGGCUGCCACCCGAUCUUCCCAGUGACCCUUGGGAUGAUGCUGGGCCUGGACCUGGGGAGAGCAGGGAGAAGGGGGGUGGGCGUCCCCACGGAUGGGGCCCCUGUCCCACAUGAGACAUUGGGCGCAGACGUGGUGCAUGUGCACGCUGGAGGGAACGGGACUCAGCUCUCACGCUGGUUCUCAGCAGAGCGGAGCUGAGUUUCUGGUGGCCCCACAGAGGUGUCCUGGCUCAGAACCCGCAGGCCAUCGAGGGGUCCUGGCUGCUGGUGACGUCGGAGCUGCCUCAGCUGUGAUCUCUGCAUGUCUAAGGAUUGGGGUUGGGUAGAGGUCACGUCCUCCCAGCCCUGCCUCAAGUGUGUGUGAGCUGCACUGGCCUCACAGCUCCUGGCCUUGUAUGAGGAGCAGCUGAAAUGAGGUGGAUAGUCUGCUUGCUGCAGUACCCCAGAGAGGGUGGUGCUCAGUGGACCAAGGGGUGCCCUGACCUCGCCUCUGGGAUUGCAGAGUGUUGCUGUCAUGGCCCCGGACAGGCAGAGGCUGUGAAAUACGUGGGCACCUGCAGCAGGUGACCCUGACCCUGACCUUGGCGAUUCGGCCAAAGACGCCUGCUCUUCUCUGGGUGCAGGGGGGAAGGGCCUCUGGCUGCAAGUUCCUGCCUGUGCUUGGCAGACCCUCUGCCUAGAUGCAGAUGAUGGCUCCUGGCUGAAGCCUUCUGCAGUCUAAGGCUCAGGGCCAGGCAGUUGACGUGAGAACACUGUCUCGUGCCUGAGAGGAUGUCUGCCCCCAGGACACACAGAGGCCCGGCUGGUGGGCGGCGAGCACCCCUGCGCCGGGCGCC